AUGGAUCGCCAACGUUCUAGACCAGUCAAGCAUGGAGUAUACACAUCUUGUCCAUAUUGCAAUGGGGAUCACCACCUCGAUGACUGCAGUGAGUUUAUGAAUAUGACCAUUUCGGAAAGGAAGAAGUUCUUCAUUUCAAAGACUAUCUGCUAUGGAUGUGCCACAACCGAUGAUCAUCGUAUAAAGGAUUGCAGUGACAGAAGGGAUUGCAAGCUUUGUGGUGGAAGACAUUUGACCUGUCUUCACUUUGGAUCUAAGCUGAAGCACCGGCAAGAUGAAGGAUUAUCCAACUGUACAAAUAUAUGCAAUCUGCUGGAUCAAGAUGGACCAGAUCACUGCAUGAUUGUACCAGUAUGGGUUAGGCAUUCAGAUAACCCUUCCCAUGAAGUCCUUCAAUACGCAAUUCUGGAUGACCAAUCUAAUGUCGGAUUUAUAUCCAAUAACUUAUGCAAUAAACUAAGUAUAGAUGGACCGGAAACAGACCUGAUGCUUACUACAAUGCAUAACAAAUCUAACAUCAGAAGCAAAAAGAUAAAAGGCGUUGAAGUACUAGAUUUUCAUAAGAAGCAAAUCAUCUCCCUUCCUGCAUGCUACUCUAGAAGCAGCAUUCCCGCAAACCGGUCACAAAUACCGAAGACAGAAGUGGUAAGACAGUGGCCCCACCUUAAAAGGGUUGCAGACCAGCUAGUACCUUACAACCAAGAGAUAGAGGUGUCGCUCCUUAUAGGAAACAACUGUCCAAGAGCUAUCAGACCCCGAGACGUCAUCGCAGGGGGAGAAGAUCACCCAUAUGCUGUAAAGUCUGCACUUGGAUGGGGUGUCAUCGGCAGAGUUUGCAAGACCCCAGAAAGUAGAGAACAGGGAGUCUGUCACAAAAUCACCACUGAGGGCGCUAGAAACCACUCCAUGUUCGUCCUUCCACGAUCGGCCAAAGAAAUUCUCACUCCUGAACGGGUUCUCAAGGCACUGGAGUCAGACUUUCAGAACGAGGAUAGUAGGGAGCAGUCUCUUUCUGUUGAAGAUCAACGGUUCCUAAACAUCCUGAACACCGGCAUAAAGAAGAGAGAUGAUGGCCACUACGAGAUGCCUCUUCCCUUCAAAAAAGAUAAGCCAUCUCUUCCAUACAACCGCCAGCUAGCUGAUAAGAGAUGGAAUCAGCUUAAUGCCCGAUUUAGAAAGAACCCUCGUUUCUUGAAAGACUAUCAGGAAUUUAUGGCUGAUGUCAUCUCGACUUGUGCAGAACGAGCUCCGGAGUGUUAUACACCAGGAAAGGUCAACUAUGUUCCACACACAGGAGUUUACCAUCCCAAGAAGCCGGAAAAAAUACGAGUAGUCUUUGACUGCUCUGCCAAAUUUCAAGGAGUCUCCCUCAAUGAUCACCUUCUGCAGGGUCCAGAUCUGACAAAUGGGCUUCUUGGUGUUCUGUGCAGAUUUAGACGAGAAGAGGUUGCUUUUAUGGCAGACAUUAAAAGCAUGUUUCAUCAGUUCCAUGUUGCCGAGGAGGAUCGUGAUAUGCUGAGAUUCCUAUGGUGGGAAGAUGGAGAUGCUAGCAAGCGCGUCGUGGAAUACAGGAUGACGGUACACUUGUUUGGUGCAGCCAGCUCUCCAGGUUGUGCCAACUUCGGGCUAAAGAGGGCAGCAGACGAUGGCGAAGAAUCCCUUGGUAAGGAGGCUGCAGAUUUCAUCAGAAAUGAAUUCUAUGUUGACGACGGACUUAAGUCGGUGUCUACUCCACAAGAAGCAGUGAGCCUUCUGAAGGCAAGCCAGGCUAUCUGUGCCCGAGCGGGAUUAAAGUUGCACAAAAUCCUGUCUAACAAGAAGGCAGUUCUGAAAGCUUUCCCUGUCGAAGAGUGGUCAAAAGGGAUUGCCGACCUCAACCUUGAUGCUGACCCACUUCCUCUAGAGCGAGCCUUAGGAGUUGUUUGGUGUGUGGAGAACGACACGUUACAGUUUAGGAUAGAGCUGCGAGAUCAACCUCUCACGCGACGUGGAAUUCUCUCCACCAUUUGUUCAAUAUAUGACCCUAUCGGAUUUAUCAGUCCAGUUACACUCUGUGGGAAGCAAAUACUUCAAGAGCUGUGCAGGCUCAAGAUUGACUGGGAUGAUGUCAUCCCAGAUGAAAUCAGAUCACGAUGGGUGAAAUGGAAAAGUGAAGUUCGGAAAUUGGAGCAGAUGCAAGUUCAAAGAUGUUACAAGCCGGCCAACUUCGGCAAGGUUGAGUCCGCAGAACUACACCACUUCUCUGACGCAAGCUAUGAUGGAUACGGACAAUGCUCUUACCUCCGCCUGGUAAAUGAGAAAGGUGACAGCUCCUGCUCCUUGGUUAUUGCUAAAUCAAGAGUCACUCCUCUCAGACCAUUCACCAUCCCUAGGCUAGAGCUGACUGCAGCAACCAUCUCAGCUAAGAUGAGCUCCUUUCUCCGCAAAGAAUUGGUAUAUCCUCGUAUACAAAAGUACUUCUGGACCGACAGCAAGGUAGUUCUUGGCUACAUAAGUAACGAAGCAAGGAGGUUCCAUGUAUUCGUCGCCAACAGGGUGCAACUAAUACGGGACAAUACCAAUCCAAAGGCAUGGUUCUAUAUUGAUACCAAGAUGAAUCCCGCCGAUGAUGCUUCACGUGGAAUGACAGCCGGAGAGCUUGUUCAAAAUGACCGCUGGUUGACUGGUCCAGACUUUCUUCGAGGAAAUGGAUCAUUCAGCCCCCCAGAGCAUGAAGAUAAGCCUCCCUUGAGUACCAACGACCCAGAGUUGAAGAAGGUUACCACUCUUGCAACAAGGUCAGAAGAAGUGCACUAUAUUCAGUCAAGCCGUCUGCAACACAUAUCGAGCUGGCAGCGAGCAAUAAGAGUAAUCGCUCUGUGUCGUAAGUUCAUCCACCGAAUCAACAAGAGAGGUUGCACAUCCAACAGAGGACUUCAUGUGAACCGCCCUAUACAGAGGGUGAACUUUACAGUAGAUGAACUACAAGCAGCUGAAAGAGUGAUCAUUCAGAACUUGCAGAAGGAGUACUUGCAGGAUGAAUGGAGGCUCCUCAAAUCCCAUCGUGUAGAUAGGCUAAACAACAGAGUCAAUUCGAGGAAAGUUAAGGUUCUGAAACAGUCGAGUAACCUUCAGAAACUUGAUCCAUUCCUCGACGACCAAGACAUUAUGCGAGUGGGAGGGAGAAUUAGCAGAGCUGACGUUUCCAUUGAGACAAAGCACCCGGUUAUCUUACCAAGGCACUCCCAUUUGUCUGUACUCCUGAUUCGACACCAUCAUGAAAAGGUUAACCACAUGGGCAGAGGGAUGACCCACAAUCAACUUAGGCAAUCUGGAUACUGGGUGAUCGGAGGAUCUUCAGCGGUAUCGAAUGUCAUCUCCAGAUGCGUCACCUGCCGAAAGCUCAGAGGAAGUCUGCAACAACAAAAGAUGGCAGAAUUGCCGAAAGAUCGACUUGACCCAGUUCCUCCAUUCACAUAUUGUGGUGUGGAUUAUUUCGGUCCUUUCACCAUUCGAGAACGGAGAAGUGACCUGAAGAGAUAUGGUGUUAUAUUUACAUGUAUGUCGUCAAGAGCAGUGCAUCUAGAGUCUGCCAAUAGCCUGAGUAGCAGUUGUUUCAUUAACUGUCUGAGACGUUUCUUAAGUCGCAGAGGCCCUGUUCGACAAAUUCGCUCUAAUCAAGGCAUAACAUUCAUUGGCGCAAGAAAUGAACUUCGUGGGGCCUUUCAAGAGAUGAACCAAGAUAGAGUCCAGGAGUACCUAGGUGUAAAUGGAGUUGAUUGGAUUCCAUUUAAGCUAAAUACGCCACAUUCAUCACACAUGGGAGGAGUAUGGGAACGCCAGAUCUCUACUGUGCGAAGGGCCUUGGAACCACUGCUGAUGUCUAGUGGAAACCAACUGGAUGAUGAGUCUUUUAGGACGUUCCUGACUGAAGUAGAAUCUAUUGUAAACAGUAGACCUCUCACUACUUCAAAUCUCUGCUCCUCUGACGCUCCUGAACCAUUAACUCCAAAUCACCUCCUUACAAUGAAGCCUAAAGUCAUAUUACCUCCUCCUGGAAAAUUCCAACGAGCGGACUCUUACUCUCGAAGAUGGUGGCGUCGAGUUCAAUAUCUAUCCAACGAGUUUUGGCUGAGAUGGAGAAAGGAGUUCCUUCCAACGCUCCAAACCAGAGAGAAAUGGGUCAAACCACGUAAAAAUGUUGAAGUAGGCGAUAUCGUCAUCCUGAAGGAAGGUGAUGAUAACCGAUGCAAUUGGCCGUUAGGACGGGUAGUCGAGACUAUUCCAAGCAAUGAUGGCUGCAAAUGACCGCUGGUUGACUGGUCCAGACUUUCUUCGAGGAAAUGGAUCAUUCAGCCCCCCAGAGCAUGAAGAUAAGCCUCCCUUGAGUACCAACGACCCAGAGUUGAAGAAGGUUACCACUCUUGCAACAAGGUCAGAAGAAGUGCACUAUAUUCAGUCAAGCCGUCUGCAACACAUAUCGAGCUGGCAGCGAGCAAUAAGAGUAAUCGCUCUGUGUCGUAAGUUCAUCCACCGAAUCAACAAGAGAGGUUGCACAUCCAACAGAGGACUUCAUGUGAACCGCCCUAUACAGAGGGUGAACUUUACAGUAGAUGAACUACAAGCAGCUGAAAGAGUGAUCAUUCAGAACUUGCAGAAGGAGUACUUGCAGGAUGAAUGGAGGCUCCUCAAAUCCCAUCGUGUAGAUAGGCUAAACAACAGAGUCAAUUCGAGGAAAGUUAAGGUUCUGAAACAGUCGAGUAACCUUCAGAAACUUGAUCCAUUCCUCGACGACCAAGACAUUAUGCGAGUGGGAGGGAGAAUUAGCAGAGCUGACGUUUCCAUUGAGACAAAGCACCCGGUUAUCUUACCAAGGCACUCCCAUUUGUCUGUACUCCUGAUUCGACACCAUCAUGAAAAGGUUAACCACAUGGGCAGAGGGAUGACCCACAAUCAACUUAGGCAAUCUGGAUACUGGGUGAUCGGAGGAUCUUCAGCGGUAUCGAAUGUCAUCUCCAGAUGCGUCACCUGCCGAAAGCUCAGAGGAAGUCUGCAACAACAAAAGAUGGCAGAAUUGCCGAAAGAUCGACUUGACCCAGUUCCUCCAUUCACAUAUUGUGGUGUGGAUUAUUUCGGUCCUUUCACCAUUCGAGAACGGAGAAGUGACCUGAAGAGAUAUGGUGUUAUAUUUACAUGUAUGUCGUCAAGAGCAGUGCAUCUAGAGUCUGCCAAUAGCCUGAGUAGCAGUUGUUUCAUUAACUGUCUGAGACGUUUCUUAAGUCGCAGAGGCCCUGUUCGACAAAUUCGCUCUAAUCAAGGCACAACAUUCAUUGGCGCAAGAAAUGAACUUCGUGGGGCCUUUCAAGAGAUGAACCAAGAUAGAGUCCAGGAGUACCUAGGUGUAAAUGGAGUUGAUUGGAUUCCAUUUAAGCUAAAUACGCCACAUUCAUCACACAUGGGAGGAGUAUGGGAACGCCAGAUCUCUACUGUGCGAAGGGCCUUGGAACCACUGCUGAUGUCUAGUGGAAACCAACUGGAUGAUGAGUCUUUUAGGACGUUCCUGACUGAAGUAGAAUCUAUUGUAAACAGUAGACCUCUCACUACUUCAAAUCUCUGCUCCUCUGACGCUCCUGAACCAUUAACUCCAAAUCACCUCCUUACAAUGAAGCCUAAAGUCAUAUUACCUCCUCCUGGAAAAUUCCAACGAGCGGACUCUUACUCUCGAAGAUGGUGGCGUCGAGUUCAAUAUCUAUCCAACGAGUUUUGGCUGAGAUGGAGAAAGGAGUUCCUUCCAACGCUCCAAACCAGAGAGAAAUGGGUCAAACCACGUAAAAAUGUUGAAGUAGGCGAUAUCGUCAUCCUGAAGGAAGGUGAUGAUAACCGAUGCAAUUGGCCGUUAGGACGGGUAGUCGAGACUAUUCCAAGCAAUGAUGGCUGCAUCCGGAAGGUUAAGCUCCUCAUGGCAGAUGGCACGCUAGAUAACAACGGGAAACGACUCGGAAAACCAACUCAUCUAGAAAGACCAAUUCAUAAGCUGGUAGUCCUCGUGCAUGCAAAAGAAUCAACCACAGAUGACUCGAAAGAGAAGUAGGACCGGGAAUUCCCCCUCAAGGAGCCAAACACUGGUAUCGAAUGGAGAGAGAGUACUAAAUUAUCUGUUACCAUGUGUUUGUUCUCUAUUCUAUCUUUCUGCUCCUUCUUUGCUUUCCUUUCAUUAUUCCGUCUAUAUAUUUUCAUUCUUCAAACUUUCCCAAAGCGCUCUGAGUAAUAAACUAUUAAUUUUACUUAUGUCAGAUUCCUGAAUAUUGAAUUAUGCCUAUGCUACGUUUCGUUUUACUUAGAUUUCUUCCUUCGAUCUAUUACCCUCAUACAAUGCUAUCUUCCUUUUUAACUAUUUUUUAACGUCAUGAUAAGGACGAACGUAAUUAUUUCUUAAUCAAGUAAUCGUGUCAUUUCCAUUUGAAAUAUUGUUUGGUUGUUACAUUUUAUGUGUGCAUUUUAUGUAUUACAUAAUGAUAUCGGAAUAUCAUGUUUCACAUUUUUUAAUAUUCUCGGUUCAGUUAAUGAUUCACGAUAUCCAGAUUUAAGUGAUGACUGGUUAGGUAACUGAUGGCAAUCAGUUAAAGGAGCCAUGUCACUGCAGCAGUGUGCAGUGAAAUUAAUAUAAUUUUUUGCUGUAUAUAUGUUCAAUAUAUGUUACUUAUAUUCAAAUUCUACUUGCUGUUUCCUUUUACUCUUUGGGUUUUCUUAAUCCUUUCCUACACAAACUCCCAUAGGGCUGGUUAUGUGCUAAAGCUAUAGGCAGAGAAAAGCCAAGUAAACUUAAUGUCUUAUGUCAAUCCUUAUUGUUCUGAAUUGUAUAGCCGGUAGGUCAAGUUCUUUGUCUGUGAGGUGUUGAGUGCUGGGUGGUACCAGUUUCUUUCUAAUUUCUAAUUAGUCCGUCUAGAGCAAUCUGGCUUGGUCAGAAUCCUUAUAAAGAUAGGUAGAAAGCCAAAAAGUUCAGUUCGUGAUAAGUUUUCAGCAAGUGAACUCCUCUCAGUAUAUAGAGUAUUGUCAAAGUUACGUAGUCAUAUAGUUUGGAUCAAUGUACAAACCCGCAGUCUGAUUAAAGCCUCCAAUUGUAUAUUAUCUUGGGAUUCGGAUGAUGGAAUGUUGGAAAUAAAGAUUUUCGCAAUUAAA